CGCAAAGAUGGCGGCGGCUGCGGGGAGCGGCGCUCGGCUGGCGGCCUGGGGAGGGAGAGUGUGGCGCGCUCUCGCUGCCAGCCGACGGGCCGUGCCGGGCCCCGGGCCCCUGGCGGCGGCAGUGGCCGGCGUGGCCCUGGUAGGAGCAGCAGCGACCUGGCACCACGGCCGCGUAAACGUCGCGGCGCGCGAGGGCAGCCUCACAGUCUUCGCUCAGAAAAAUGUUGACCAUGGAAUGAUAGGGAAACUGUCUCUUCGUAAAUGGCGCUUCAUGCAGUUUUCUUCACUGGAACAUGAAGGAGAAUAUUAUAUGACACCACGAGACUUCCUCUUUGCAGUAAUGUUUGAGCAAAUGGAACGUAAAACUUUAGUCAAGAAGUUGACAAAAAAGGAUAUCGAGGAUGCACUGGCAGGAAUCCGGAGAGCUGGUUGUGGCUCAACCUUUUUUAGAGACCUUGGUGAUAAAGGGCUAAUUUCAUAUACUGAGUAUAUUUUCUUGCUUACGAUCCUCACAAAACCCCAUUCUGGAUUUCAUGUUGCUUUUAAAAUGCUGGAUGCAGAUGGUAAUGAAAUGAUUGAAAAAAAGGAAUUUUUUAAGCUGCAGAAGAUCAUAAGUAAACAAGAUGACUUGACAGCAAUGAAAACUAAUGAAACGGAAUGUCAGGAACCAACAGUGAAAGAACCUGAAAUUAACACAACCCUUCAGAUGCAUUUCUUUGGAAAAAGAGGAGAAAGAAAACUUCAUUAUAAAGAAUUUCGAAGAUUUAUGGAAAAUUUACAAACGGAGAUUCAAGAAAUGGAAUUCCUUCAGUUUUCUAAAGGUUUGAAUUUCAUGAGAAAAGAAGAUUUUGCAGAGUGGCUACUUUUUUUCACUAACACUGAAAAUAAAGAUAUUUAUUGGAAAAACGUGAGGGAGAAGUUGUCAGCAGGAGAGAGCAUUAGUUUGGAUGAGUUCAAGUCUUUUUGCCAUUUUACAACUCACUUGGAAGACUUCGCUAUCGCCAUGCAAAUGUUUAGUUUAGCUCAUCGUCCUGUCAGACUGGCGGAGUUUAAGAGAGCUGUGAGAGUAGCCACAGGACAGGAGCUCUCCAACAAUCUUUUGGACGCUGUCUUCAAGAUCUUUGAUUUGGACGGUGAUGAGUGUCUCAGUCACGAAGAGUUUCUUGGGGUGUUAAAAAACAGGAUGCAUCGAGGUCUAUGGGUACCACAGCAUCAAACUGUACAAGAAUACUGGAAAUGUGUGAAAAAAGAAAGCAUUAAAGGAGUAAAAGAAGCCUGGAAACAAGCUGGAAGAAGUCUUUUUUAGAAAAAAGAUAAUAAGGCAAUUAUAUUGCUCCAAAUGUGAGAAUUUGUGAUUUUUUAAAGUACUAGUCGUUUAUCUUCUUAAGUCUUCAUUGAUUUCCUUGUAAUAUAAAGGUGCCUUGUACUUGCUUUCUGAUUCAAAAAUUUCUUAAUAAGUUUUCAUUAAACAACUUAGUAGAAAGAAAAGAAAGUAUUCUUUUACAAAAACAGAUACCAGAUUCUGUCAGAAGACCUAGAUAUGAAGUAAUAUUUUGUACUUUGGUGAGAAGCAAAGCCUAGUUAUUCAAUGAUUUCUUAGACACAAUAGCAUGAUAUGCUUUCUGGAAGGAUAAGCAAGUCCUUUUGGAAAAAAACUACUUGAUACACAAGGCCAAUAUCAAUUUCAGAAGUCCUGCUGUUCCUAACAGGGUAAAUGAAGUUUAAAACUUAUGUCAGAUUUUUCUUAUCUGUAUCUUAUGUCUCAUAAGUUUCUUGUAUAUUUUAUUUGUUAGCUUAGCUGUAUAUUUGUUGUCUUAAAAAUAACAUGUAAAUUUCAAUAUCCUAUCUAGAAGCAGAAUAAAGUAUUCAUAUAGAUACAAAAAAUACUGAGGUACUUUUUAUUUUACAUGUUUUUUUAAAACUACAUUGCCAACCUCAGUUUAUGUUCUUAAAAACUCAUGUAGUCGGGAUAAUUUUGAUCAGGGUCUCAUGGGAUAUGUUGGGUUAUUGGAAAUAUUUUAAAUGGCACUAGAAGUUAAUUUGCAUUAAAGUAAAUAUAGUAUUAUAAAAUGGCAUUUAAAAAACAUGUAAAAUAAAAAUUAUUUUUUAAACGUGCUUAUCAAAUAAGAAAAUUGCAAAUAUUUAAAACCAGUUCUCCCCAGAGAACCGGCUGAUUCCAAGGCUGUGGUAGGGAAAGUGCAACAUGAGCCUGUGGAACAUCUUGUGCCUGAAGGAAAGGAAGGGUUCACAGAAUGAUGGUGAGUCAAGAGGACAGAGCCAGCUGAAGGGGCUCCCCAGCCAAAUAUGGUACAGUUUGCACGUCUAAAUAAUUAAUGUCUGUGACGGAUUGUAGCCUAUUCAAUAAAAUAAGAAUCCAUGAGCUUACACUGAAAAUUAA